CAUAUGAAACAUCUAGGAAAUACAAUAUAUUUCUAAAUGAUAUUGGAAGAAGCUUAAAAUGCUAAAUCAAAAAGCAGUUAUAUUACUGUUAAUAAUUCAGAUUUGUAUCUUACAAACAAUUUCACAUGCAAUUGAUGUACGGGAUACCAAAGUCUUUGAAAUUGCGUUGGAUGAUGUAAAUUACGACGAAGAGAAUGAAAACGAAAUGAUUCAACCAGUGGAUCUUGCGGAUUUGAAAUCUUUUGUAAAAGACGAAAGCAAAUAUGAACCAUUACAUUCUCAUGUAAAAUAUUACAAUGAGCUUAACGCCAGAAAUAAAAACCGGUAUUCAGAUAUAUUGCUGCUGCAACCACGUAUGAAAGAAAUAUUCAAUUUGGAACAAGAAAAUAAACCAUUUAUUGCUGGUUUUAAGCAUAAUUUAGAUAAGAACAAGAGAAAUGUACGGAAUUUUGAGAGAUUACAGAAUUAUAGAAAAGAUACAAAUGUUGCCAUAGACAAAAGUGUAAAAAGCAUUAGAAUAAAACGCGAAGAGAUAACAAAUCAUUAUGGAAUAAUAAAUAAAGAGAUGGAUUUUUUCCAAGUUAUAAGAGAUAGGAAUAUUACAACUAGUAAAACAGAAACAACGGAAUAUUUCGUGAUAACGCAAGAGGCACAAUAUAACUUAUACGAAUAUGACCAAAAAACUGCAAGUAAAGAAAUAAAAAUUACUCUGGAUCAGUUUUUAAUUUCGAAAAGAAGACCUAGAGUUGCAGAUAAAAAGAAUUCUCAUAAAGAUUCAUACGAUGAAUAUAAUAGACUUAAAAUGGAAUACGAACAGCAGCUGGAAUAUGACAUAAAGGAAGGAAAAGUACUGAAUUAUAGUCAGAAAGAAUCGAAGGAUAUGCCAAAAGAAGCAUUGAAAAGAUUAAUAGAUUUAAAACGGUCAAAAAAUUGUACAAAGAAAGAACUGAGCCAAAUCGGAAUCAAAGCAAUAGAAUGUCUUUUAUACGAUUUUCAGCGCACGAAAGACAUAAUGACCGCGAAGAUGAUUCUUUCGAGGACAUGGUUGGUUCUCCGAAUUUGGUUGUUAAUUUAUAUUUCUUUCGCAAUUCCUUGUUGGUGUCAAAGAGGAUGGUGUUGCUGCUGUUUCCGUUGUAAAUUUUGUUUUCCACGAAAAAGGAUCAUGCUCAUCAAACAAUAUUACGCAAUGAAUCCACCUGGCAUUUUCGUGAAGGAUUUAAAAAAGGUGAAAGAACCUGUUAAAUAUGAACCUACUGAAUAUGAAUACAAUACAUACAAGACUUUCGAAACUGCAAUAAGAAAUAUAUGAAUAUUAAUACAUUCGUUAUUUGCUAAUCGGAUAUAAUUUAAGAUAAAUCUAAUUCAGAUAUCCGUUGAUUUAUAUGUUUA